AGAUUAUAGCCUACUGACCACCGAUAUUAUGAGACAAUACAUCACUGCACCAUUAUGUUAUUUGCCCCAUUGGAGUAACAGAUUAGACUUUGCGGUAAAAGAGAUACAGAGCCACACUUGCUGCUCUAAAGAUGGGUAGUAGGCAGCAGAAGCACAGGGAGGCGCCUACAGCGACGAAGGGGGGUAUCGAGUACUCGCUGGUUGCAUCUGCAGCAAGUUAAAGGGGGGGGAGCUGGAGCUGGCAGAAUGGAGAUGGCAGGUGAAUGUCUUUUCAGUAUGCAAUACCACUGCAAUAAAACCCUAAAUGUGUCAGAGUGACGGUCUCACUUACAAAGAUUACUAUAAGGUGCAUUUCCCUCAAUACUUAACAGAAUUGGAACCUGGGCAAGAUUGUAACAAUUCUCGGUGUCACAAGAGUGACCUAAUGGAGGCUUGCAUUGAACACACAGAGAAGGCUUAUUUAUGUGUUGUGAGUUGAGUCAAGUGUUACAAUCAACAUAUUGCUAUGACAUAGGGGGGAGACUGGAAAUCAGAGUGGGAUCAGACUCAAGAGAUCAAAUUGAAAUGCGAAAGCCCAAACAGAAAACAUAUAGAAUUAUAUUACUUUGAGUAAUAGUUUGCCCUGCUAAAAGAGGUGUACACUUUUCUUUUUCAAUCAUCUGGUGUAUAAGAGUUUUCUAAGUAUUCUGUGUUAAUCAUUAAGUGUUAAGAUUUAGAUUUAUAGUAAUUAAUCAAUGUGAUUCCCAAGUGGGCAAUUACAGUUUAAAUUCCCAGCACAAAGUAUGCCUUCAACAUCUUUCAGCGGAAUUCUGCGGACACUUCUUAUUGGUUUCCUCCUGCUUGGCUGUUUUUUGUCCGUACUUUUAAUGUACUUUAAACCGUCUAAUAACUGGCUAUCGGGUCCCACUGAAACAGUAACAUCUGCAAUCAAGAUUAAGGCCCUACCUAUAGUCAAGAAAGAAGUGGAACAGACUGUAGUGCUCAUCUGGUUAUGGCCAUUUGGUCACACGUUUGAGCUGGACUCCAUGAGUUGCAAUACAUUGUUCAAUAUUGAUGGUUGUUACUUAACGGCAGACCGGAGUUUAUAUAACAAAUCACGUGGAGUAAUAAUUCAUCACAGAGACAUAAGCAAGGAUUUAUCAAACCUGCCACCACUGCAGCGUCCAUCAUUUCAAAAGUGGGUAUGGAUGAAUCUGGAAUCACCAUCUCAUUCUCAAAAAAUUCCUGGACUUGAAAAGUUGUUUAAUGUGACUCUGAAUUAUCGCCAAGAUGCUGACAUACAGGUGCCUUACGGAUCAGUGGUGCCCAUUCAGGAAGAUGAGGAGUUCACACUGCCAAGCAAGACAAAGAUGGUGUGCUGGAUUGUUAGUAACUGGAAUGCUGACCAUGCCAGAGUGAAAUACUACAGUGAGUUGAGUAAGCACAUUGAGAUACAUACAUAUGGCCAAGCCUUUGGGGAAUACGUCAUUGACAAAGACUUUUUCUCAACCAUAUCUAGUUGUAAAUUCUAUCUCUCAUUUGAGAACUCCAUCCACAAAGACUACAUAACUGAGAAACUCUUCAACCCUCUCUCUGCGGGCGCAGUGCCCAUCGUCCUUGGACCUUCUCGUCAGAAUUAUGAGAACUUUGUGCCAGGAGAUGCUUUCAUUCAUGUGGAUGAUUUCCUUUCCCCUAACGAGUUAGCUGAGCACCUAUUGUUCCUGGACAAAAAUGACAAUGUGUAUUUGCGCUACUUUGACUGGCGGAAACAAUUCAAAGUGAAAAUGCCCCUUUUUUGGGCAGAGCACACAUGCCGUGUCUGUGACUAUAUAAAAAAUCAUAAGGAGUAUAAAGUGUGUAACAAUAUUGACAUAUGGUUUUGGGACUAAACAAUUGUAUCACUGAUGUACUGAUGAUACUGAUCCAUAUUUACAUUUUUGACUCCACAUGUCUAUGAGGUUUCGUAGUGUAGCUUACUGACUGCUGGUCUACCAAUGUGUUCAAAAUCAGAGUAAUCGUCACACUUUAUCCCUAACCUUCCAAACUCAACUUGUGAUAGACAUGCACCAGCUUCAGGCAUUAUGCUAUUCAUGGGCUCCCACUGAUUAAUUCAUCUUAUUUAUGUGCCCUUAGAUAUUCACCUUAUCACAGUGAACAUUUUUUAAGCAUUCACAUGGCUUUGUGCCACAUUUAAUAUCUCAUGUGUAUGAAUGUGUCAAAAAUGUUUCAAAACAGGACAGUAUCCUGCCAUCACUGUAAGUUGUAUAUGCUGUAUGUUUUGUAGAUCAGUAUUUCAUUCUACAGUAGCUGCAGGCCGUUAACCAUAUUGUAAACAAACACAUUUUAAUUUGUUGUUGUGUUCAUGAACAUCUUUAAAAUCCAUGUGGAAA